UUAAAAAUCUCAGAGCGUGCAUAAUGCAGUUCCUCAGAACUUUGUGCUUCAACGUGGCUAUAACUUUCAUGGUAGUUGCCGUUAUCGGCGACUCAACAUGCAAUUUGUGCCAACAAAAUCAUGUGAAGUGCGUGAAUGAGACCCACUUCAGUUUGUGCCUGGACAGCGUUUCACCGGACCAGGUGAUGCAGUGUCCCGAUGACCAGGUCUGCACCAGCUAUGCCAAAUUCUGCAUGCCCAGGGGAGUGGUUCCACCUUCCUGUGGCUCGGAUGCCGUCGUAAAUUGUCCCUCCUGCGAUGGAUCAUCCCUGUUUGUCUGCACCAGUCGAACCACCUUUCAGAUGUGCGAUGGGGAUAAACUUUCCAGCCAAAUCACAAAGUGCAAGGAUAACACCUUUUGUGCCAUAGGUCAAGGGCAAUUUUGUGUGGAUCGCUGCAAAGCAAUGAAUUCAGGUACUGGUCUUCAGUGCGAUAGAGAGUCACCUUUGCAGGGAUAAGUAUUGAAUCCAUCUGUAAAACUAUCAAGGGGAAUAGUAAUUUAAUUGUUACAGAAUAUUUAAUAUUGUGAAAAUUAAUAAACCCCUCUGGACUUUAAAAUAUA